ACUGUUCAUGUAUUUAAAUCACUGCUCGCACAAGAAGAGCCAGUUCUCGCCGGACUCUUUCUCUUACUCGGCACACAAUUCCUAGCUGCAAAAUAUCAUGCUCCUGUGUGUGUAUAUCAUACUCCUAGCUGCAAAUCUGGGCUCUGAAGCUGUAGUUAGUGGCUCAGUGGAGAAGAAAUUGGCCUCUGAGAGCUGCUCCCAGGUGAAGCUGAAACCUGCUGGCCAGUGCGGAAAUGAAGAGGAGUGCCCCUACCAGAUCACCAUUCCUCCUCUCACCAUCCAGCUGCCCAAGCAGUUCCAGCUGCUUAAAAAGGUCAUGACAGAGUUGGAGAGCAUGAAGGAGACAGUGAGGCAACUGAAGAGCGCCUGUCUAAGCUGCAGCCUUCAAAGGGACAGCACAGAGACACAGAACAGAGGAGAUGGUGAAACAACCACACCCAAAAAUGAGAGUUCAAGAGAUAUUAUCCGAGAGAUGCAAGUGAAGAUGUCCAAGAUGUCCUCUGGCUUGAAAAACGCUCAUAUACGGAUUAAAGACCUGCGAGGACAGGUGGAGCUGCUCAGCCACUUUAACAUGAAUAAUGUUAAGGAAAUGAUGGGCCAAAAGGUAGACAACAUCAGUGAACUAUCCAUCAAGUUCAAUCGCAACUGUUCGAAUGAGUGCCCUGUGGUAACUGGACCACAAUACAUCAUAGCAGCUAGAGACUGCUCAGACUACAGUGCCAUGAAGAACAUGAAGAAUGGAGUCUACAAGGUUACCCCUGAUCACAGAAAUGGGACGUUUGAGGUCUUCUGUGACAUGGAGUCCAAUGGUGGCGGCUGGACUGUUGUGCAGCACCGAAUCAAUGGCACUCUGAAUUUCAACCGCACCUGGGCUGACUAUAAGAAUGGCUUUGGGGACUUGCGUGGGGAGUUUUGGCUUGGAAAUGAUCAUAUUCAUCUGCUCACCAGGACCAAAGACAUGGUGCUGCGCAUCGAGCUUGAGGACUUCCAAGGUGUCAGAGAGUACGCCAAAUACGAACAAUUUUAUGUAGCAAAUGAGUUUCUUAAAUACCGCCUGUCCAUAAGCAAAUACUCAGGGGGGAGUGCUGGUGAUGCUCUGCAUAUCAACAAUGACUACAAUCAUGAUCAGAUGUUUUUCACUACGUGGGACAGGGACAAUGAUAUGUACUUGUCUGGAAACUGCGGCGCUUACUAUGGAUCGGGCUGGUGGUUCAAUGCCUGCAUGUCGGCUAACCUAAAUGGCAAAUAUUACCACAAAAGGUACACAGGAAAGCGAAAUGGCAUCUUCUGGAGCACAUGGCCCAACACACCUAAAGAGCAGUACCUGACCAACGGCAGGCAUCCCUUCAAAACUGUCAAGAUGAUGAUUAGGCCAAAGAAUUAUGCCCCGUAAGUUAAUAAGAACAUUACUACAGAGAAGGACAGUCAGACAAUAAAGCAUCCUAUGCUUAAAAUACAAAUUUUUCUAGACAAUUCAAUUUAAAAAUGUGAAAUGAACAGAACAGUUUACAAAUAAAAAAAAUCCAGAUUAAUGCAAGUAUUCCUUCCUCUGUCUAAUACUGCCAUCUAGGUGCCCUGCAAUGUAGGUUAAUAAAUCUAAUAGAACAAGCUACAUUUCUUGUUCUGCUGUAAGUAAAAUCCCAGACAUCCCUAACAAUUACUGUUUUUGUAAAAUAGUAAAUAGUAAACAAUUACUAUUUUGUUAAAUUAGAUAAUAGCAAUAACAAUGUGUCUUGUUUCUUUUCCAAACUGCAUUAAGCAUAAAAUAGUCAUGUAAAUUUACAAGGAUUUUAAAAAUGCAGGGUUCCUAAAACUUUUGCACAUACUUUAUAUGUGGUAAUUUAAUUUGCUUAAGAGGAAUUGACACUGAAAAUAGUCAGAGUCAAUGUUUUUCGCACUCACAAAUUAACAUUUUUAUAUGAACAAAAACUGUAUGUGCACUGGAGCACUUCUGUAUAGUUAUUGUUUCAUAACUAUAUAUGCUAAGUUCAAAUAAAAUAAAUGCUUGUUGUUUGUUUUUCAUAGAAAGCAAAAGAAAAAAAAGAUGCCAUCAUUGUUGAAGUGUAGCUGCAUAGUGUUUGUAUACCAUUUUUUUAAUAUCAAGGUGGGGAAACAAAAUAAACACAAAUAAACACUGGUUAUACCAUGUCACAAUGUCUCCUUCCGAUUUUUUUAAACAAAAAAUGUGAUAAUUGAUAACUAAAUGCUGAAGCUGCCAAAACAGAUCUUCCUCCUGCUGGUAGUUUGUUUGGAAGCGCAGAUGUGAUCGCAGAUGUCCUUGUACUUGUGGUCUCAAAAAAAUGGUAUCAGUGCAAUCAUAAUAAAUAUACUAUUUGAAAUAUU